AUGGCACGCGCAAGCUUCGGCGCGAGCAUCGAGGAGCGAUCGUUGGAACUCGAGCUUUUGCUCGUUUCGCUCGGAGCGCCGCCGUCGUUCGCGCUACGGCAUCGCGACGAGCUACAUUCGCGAAGAAUAGCGCGCGAUGAUAACGGGCUCAGCGCCUCAGAGAGCAUCGCGUUAGUGUCGCAUGAACGGCCGUCGAGCGAACGACCGUCCGGCGGACGGCCGUCAGGCGAACGGCCGUUAGCCGUAUUGGCAUCCGUGGUUGCGCUCAUCGGCGCGGGCAAGUAUGCCGCCGCGCUGGAGCGCACAACUUCCGCCCUCCCGGUCCUCCCCUCCGCGGAUCAUCUGGCGGAAGCCGUCCCCGCGGACGCGCGGAUCCAGACGGGGGAAGCCGCCGCGGGCGCAGCGGCGGCGGAAGCGUUUUUCCGCUCAGUGCGGGGAAGAAUCGCCACACUGCUAGCGGAUCUGGGGGAGAAAACUCCGUCGGGAAGCGAGAAGGCGGAGGAGGGGGUUGGAGAGUGGAGCGGUGGAGAGAAGGCACUGCUGGUGCUGAUGAUGGGAGCAGCUAGCCUCUGCCUUCCCGAGCCUUCUGCAGUCCCAACGCUCCCACUUAGCCCACCGCAAACCAACAACGACACAUCAGCAGCCAUACAAGACACAUCAGCAACCCCAACUGACACGUCAGCACCUGCCAGCCACCCCCCGUUCCUCGCCAGCGAGGCGGCACGCGUGGCGCUGAGCAAGUGGUGCCAGGUGGAGCUCAUGACAGAUGGUGCUGACGUCACUGGCAGAUGCCACCUCCCCCAGUACCUCCUGCUCGCCCGAACCCUCCUCCUCCCCCCUCUCUUCCCACUCCUCUUCCUCCUCCUCUUCCUCCUCCUCCUCUUCCUCCUCCUCCUCUUCCUCCUCCUCUCCCUCCCCCUCCUCCUCCUCUCCCUCUGUAAAACCUUCUGGAGCCUUCUCCCCCGCCCUGCUGCCGCCCUCCUGGGCCUGGUGGGCGGCCAGGGUUGUUGUUAUUCACCAGAGGGUGCUACAGGAGCGCUCCCCCUCCCUCCGCGCCCUGCUGCUCCCCUGCACUGCUCACCUGGAAGCGACGCUGGGGAGGAAAGAAGCUGUGAGACAAGCUUUCUUUGGAAAGGAGGAGGGGGGAAUGGAGGGAAGGAGGGAGGAGGAGGAUGGAAGGGAGGAGGGGGGAAUGGAGGGAGGAGUGGAGGGGGAGGGGGAGGGGGAGGUGUGUGUGCGGGUGGCAGCAAUGGUGCAUCUGGAGGUUGGGAUGAUGGAGAUGGCCUAUGCACACGUGGACACUGCCAGGAGUGUGGAGUGGUGCUGAGUGUGACUGGGGCGAUGGGUUACCGCACCAUACAUCAGGUUGAUCCCAAAGCCCAGCUCGUGCUGUCAGUGACUAGAACUGAAGCUCUAAGGGGAGGAGAUGGGGCAGUUCUAAGCGACAUGGACUGGCAGGAGGGCGCGGAAGCACCAGCCAAGGAUGGGAAGGGGGCGGAGGGGGAGGGAGAGGGGGCGAAGGAGGGAGAAGAGGAGGAGGAAGAAGGGGAGAGUAUGGAGGAGUUGGAGUGUUUGUUUGAGCCCGAGAGUGAUGUCCUGCUGGCCCCACGCCUAGUGGAAGCGGGGGCUGGUGCGGGUGAGGCAGUGGUAGGGAGUGGGGGUGGUGGGGGUGAGGCGGUAGCGAAUGGGGUUGAUGAGGGAGAGGAGCAGAGCGCUCGCAAUGGUGGGGGAAGCAGUGGCGACACGAGUGGGGGUGGAGGGGGCGGUGUGCUGAGGGGUGUUGAGCAGGCAGCAGUGCUGGCGAUGGGUGUUGACACGAUGAAGCAGAAUGCGGCAGAUGAGCUGCGAGCGGUGCUGGCGAUGGGUGUUGACACGGUGAAGCGAAAUGCUGCAGAUGAGCUAAGAGUUGCUCUUUCUCGGAUCGCCAAGCCUAGCAGCACAGGGACAGUCAACAUCAAGCCAGUUUCUGGGAAGACAGCGAUGCUGAUUGCGUCUGGUGGAGAUCUCGAGUCCUGCCAGGCAGUAACAACUGGUGUUGCAUCGACUGAACCACUGCUCUCAACCCACCUCGCCCUCCCUCCUCCAUCCAUCACCCACCCACAUGCGCAGAGAGUAUGGAGAGCUGCUGGUGGCGAGCGCGUGUGUGGGCGAGGCCAUGCGUGCGUUGCAUCGGCUGAACCAAUGCGCUCUACCCAACACCUUUUCCCCCCUCCCACCCCACUUGUCACCAUCAGAGAGUAUGGAGAGCUGCUGGUGGCGAGCGCGUGUGUGGGCGAGGCCAUGCGUGUGUUUGAGACGAACGAGCUGUGGGACCAUCUAAUUGACUGCUACAGCCUACUGGGCAAGAGAGCAGCAGCAGCCGCGCUGGUGACGGCGAGGCUGAAAGAGCAGCAGGAGGAUCCGCGGCUGUGGUGCUGCCUGGGGGAUUUGACGGAGGAGAAAGAGUGCUAUGAGAAGGCGUGGGAGUUUUCCAGACACAGAUAUGCGCGCGCUCAGGUAUGGAGAGCGGUACAGUGUGGUGAAGUGCGAUGCAUUGUCAUGUGUAGUGGUGAUAUGCACGUGCUCCAGGUGUGGAGCGCGGUGCAGUGCGAUGCUUUGUCAAGUGUUGCAUGUGGUAAUGUGGUUCUCUUCAUCCCUCUCCACCCUUCUUAUACAGAGAGCACUGGCGCGCAUGGCGAUGAACACAAAGGACUUCACAGCAACCAUGGCUCACUGGGUGAGUGGGGAAGGCUGCUCCUCAACCCUCUUCACCCCUCCCCACCCCUCUUCACCCCUCUAAUUCAGAGAGCACUAGCGCGCAUGGCGAUGAACACAAAGGAUUUCAAAACAGCCAUGGCUCACUGGGAGGCUGCGCUGGCCAUCAGCCCGCUGCAUGCGUCUGCGUGGUUCUCCCUGGGCUACUCUGCCAUUCAGGCAGUGGCAUCAGGAGCAGGCGUGCCAGAGAUUUACCGCCUGCAAGGAACCUUCCUGGAAGUCGUGGGCGAUGCUGACGUGGCAGCGGAGGCCUUCCUGCGCCACGUGCGCUCGCUGCAGUCCGCCAGCUGGCAGCACGGCGAGCCAGACGCGUUCCGCCAGCUGGCGCAGGCGGCGCUGAGGUGGACGGCGGCGGUGGUGCGAGGGGUGGCGGGGGAAGAGGGGGUGGAGGAAUUGAAGAGGGGAGGGGUGGAGGAGAGAGAAGGGGAGGGUGUGAGAGUGAGUGGUGCUGGCAAGAGGAGGUUGGCAUCGGUGCGCAUGCUUCUAAGCAACAUCUUGAAGCAGGGAGACCAUUUUUCUGAUGUUGGAGAGUUUGGAGAGUUGAAAGCAGCUUUGGGAGCGUCCUUCCCGCCCCUUUCCCUCCGCUUCCCCCUCCUUCCCACCUCCUUCGCGCCUACUUUCCAACUCCCUGUUAAUGGUGACUGCUGUUGUCCUUCUGGAUGCGUGGAGCUGCCAUCAUGCGUUUCUCUCUCUCCCUGUCCUCUCCUUCCUCACCCUGCGCGUCCUCUCCCCCUUCUGCUGUGCCUUCCUCUCCUUUCUCCUCCCCACUCCCACACUCUUCCCCACCGCUUCCAGCCGUUAGGCAACCUGCAUGGGGGGGCGUCAGCAUUGCCGCUUGGCAACCUGCAUGGGGGGGUAUCAGCAUUGGUAACGGAGGCAGUGGGCAGUCUGGGUGCUGCCGUCGCUGCUGGUGCGCCGGUGGUGGGGGUGGAAGUGGCGUGCAGUCACCUUAGAGCCGCACCCAUCGGCACUCCUCUCAUUGCUGUUGGCACUCCUUUGAGAGUUGGCCGCACCGUUCAGGUGUGGGAGGUCCGCCUGUCAGCUCCUAGCGACCGUGUGCCGGCCCAAGGAGAAUCGGCCCCUGUCAGCGAGUUGACUUUUGAGUCAAUUAAAAAGGGAGCAGCAAGACGGCCCAGUCACGCACAGUCACCAGACAGCAAGGCAGCACCGAGCCUAGAGCCUCAGCAGCAGCCGUUGCCACCUGAGGGCACACCUGAGGGCACACCUGAGGGCUUUAAGGCUGGCCGGCUGCUGGCAGUGGGGCGACUGACAUGUGUGCCCUUGCCCCAGAGCCUUGGAGGAGGGGCGAAUGGGGAGAAUGGGGAGAAUGGGAACGGAGGCGGCGAGAAGGGAGGGAACAGGAAUGGGGGAGAAGCAUCGAGGAGAGAGGAGAGUGGAGCGUUGGGGAACCGAGAGGAGGGAAGUGGAGAGGCGGAGCAGUGGAGCGGAGAGAGUCAGGAUGAGCAUGAGGGCACACAUACCUGUCGCUGCAUCGAUUUCCCUCCCUUUGACACGCCUCCCUUCAACGGUCUGCCCAUCCACAAGUUCAUCGGCCUUCGCUUCCUCUCUGCCUGCCCUCACCGCGUCGUUGCUGGGUUCGUCUCGUCCCCGGCCACCGCUGAGCCCUUGAACAACGUGCACGGGGGAGUAUCAGCCAUUAUUACAGAGACCCUCGGCAGCACGGGAGCGAGCCUAGCAGCGGGGGGGCUGGUGGUGGGAGUGGAGGUGGCUGUCAGCCAUCUCAGGCCGUGCCCCCUCGGCACUCCCGUGGUUGCUGUUGCUGUGCCGCUGCGAGCGGGUCGCACUGUGCAGGUGUGGGAGGUGCGCUUCUCCGUUCAAAAGCAAGACGAGCAGAGGCGGGACGAGCAGAGGCAGGGCCAUUCAAACCACGCGCAUCAGAAUAUGGUGACAAGGGCAGAGGGAGAGGUAUCAGGAGGGAGGGCUUCUUUGACUGCUCCCAGAUCGGGGCAGCUGCUGGCAGUGGGACGGUUGACAGCAGUGGUGGUGGGGAAAGGGAAUGGAGAGGAGAGGGGCAAGGCGAGGCUGUGA